UAAAAUUGAGCACAGCCCAAACUUACGAAAACAGAGAAUCAUGGAGAAAACUUCAGCUGCUCGUGCAAUUGAAUGGAGCAUCGAUCUUGAGAAGAGCCUUCGAUCAAACAAACCAGGUCAAGAUCUUGAAGCCAUAAAUCAAAUGGGUCCAAGACUUGAGCAAUGGUGUAGAGAACCCGAAGUUAACAUGUCAGAAAGUAACAUGUUUGGGUUAAUCAAUGGAGAAGAAAAACUAUUUGCUAAUGCAAUCUUGUUAAGGCUCGCUGAUGCUUUUACCUCAGAGAACAAACAGAUUAAAGCCUCUGUUGUUAAACUUUUCCUUUACUUAUGGAAGAACUGUAAAAAGAAAGGAUGCAACCAACUUGACAGAGUAAUGUCAAAGCUUAGUUUAAUGAAUAGGGUAGAGCUACUAAGGAGGGUUAAGGUUGUCUUUGAUGGGGGAGACACUGAAUCCCGAGCUCUUGCAUUGACAUUUUUUGGCUGCUGUGCUUGUAUUGCUAAGGAAAGAGCAGAAAUUCGGUACCUUAUUCUUUCAAGUUUGAUGUCAAGUGAUGUUCUAGAGGUGAAGGCGUCGUUAUUUGCUGCAGGGUGCUUUUCGGAGCUGUCUGAUGAUUUUGCUUCAGUGUUCUUCGAGAUAUUAGUUAAUAUGGUGACAUCAUCUGAUCUAUCAUGGGAUGUAAGGUUGGUCGGCGUGCGAUUGUUUUCCAAAAUGGGAUCCUCGUUAACACUUGCCAGUAAAGCUUACAAGAUAGGGAUAAAACUGCUGUUAGAUUCAUUGGAAGAGGAUCUAUCACGUGUAUUGCUUAUUUCUCUUUCAAGACUUGCUUCAAGAUCAAUAUGCCUCAUUUCUGGACAGGUAAAUCUGCUUUUCACAUUUUUGUCACCAGAUAAACCCUUGCUUUUGAAAGCUACGGCCCUAAGAUGUCUACAAUAUAUUGCAGCGAGGGAAAUUUGCGAUUUUUCUUCAACUGCAGAUUCAUUGGAGAUAUUGGUCCACAUACUCGAAGAGUCAUCAUUUUCACCUUUACUGCGAUGUGGAGCUCUUAAUCUUCUCCAGAAGAUGAUGCUCUCAUAUGCCUUACCUACUAUGUCUGACACAAACAUGCUUAUGAUCCCCAAGCUUUUUAUUGUUCUAAAAAAUUCAGUUCAAUCUUCAAUCUGGGAAGAAAGAGUCUCAGCCAUUGGCAUUCUGAUUGAUUUGGCACAGAAUAUCACUGGGAAGAAAGAUGCAACAUUUCUAGCAUCUAGAAUCAUGUUAUUUGUCAUUGAUCAGAUCAACUGGCUAGUUCGGCAAGUACAGGAUCUUCACCAGCAAGAUGGACACAGCUUGCUUGGUCUUCUUCUUUAUCUUGUUGAAAAUUAUCCAGAUCUCGGGAGUGUUGAGCUGGACAGGAUUUGUUUAAUUUUAGAAUAUCUGCUUGAUUCUUGUGACCAGUUUGAAGGAAAUAACGGCAGAUUUUUCGCAUCAAAGUGGAAAUCCUUCACAAAAUCAAGAUAG